AUGGCUAGCAAGUUUUCAAGCGAGAAGUUGGAAGAGAUACGCGCUCAAUUUGAUCAGUUUGAUGCUGAUGGCAAUGGACACAUAACAUGCUCUGAGAUUGCUGAAGUCCUCAAGGCCUUGGGCGAGACUACCCCUGGAUACAAGAUCAGGGAUAUGAUCAGAGAGGUCGACAUCGAUGAAAAUGGAACCAUCGAGUUUAACGAGUUUGUGGAAAUGUAUGCUAAAGUCACUGCUGAAAAGAAGACCUAUGGUUUACAGAAAACUGCUGACAAAGCCAAAAAACUAGUUCAAGUUGGAGGCCUUUCUGAAGCUUCUGCUGAAGAUGGCGAGGACCUCAGUGACCUAAUGGCUCUCUCUCCCGAGGAGAUACUCCUUAGGUGGUUCAACUAUCAUUUGGAGGAGGCCGGCAAUCCAAGGAGAGUUCACAACUUCACUAAGGACAUAAUGGAUUCUGAGUGCUAUACUGUGCUGCUUAAUCAAAUUGCUCCAGAUGAUGCCGGAGUCGACCUUUCUCCUUUACAAGAGAAAGACCCUGAGAAGAGAGCUACUCUCAUGCUGCAACAAGCAGACAAGAUUGGAUGUAAGAAAUUCGUUAGACCAAAGGAUGUAGUCAAGGGCAACCAGCGUCUUAAUCUGGCAUUCGUUGCUAAUCUGUUCAAUACCUACCCUGCCCUCAAACCAACCGAGGAAGGACUACCGGACUUUGAUCUUGGGGACUUUGGAGAGACAAGAGAAGAGAAAACAUUCAGGAACUGGAUGAACAGUUUAGGCGUCAACCCAUUCGUUAAUAGUUUGUAUCAAGACCUUAAAGACGGGAACGUUCUAUUGCAACUGUUUGAUAAGGUUAAGCCUGGUAUUGUCAAGUGGGAGAAGGUCAACAAGCCUCCAUACAAAAUGGGAGGGAACAUGAAGAAACUUGAGAACUGUAACUAUGCCGUUGACCUUGGAAAACAAAUGGGCUUCUCUGUCGUUGGAAUCGGAGGCAAGGACAUAUUUGACGGAAAUAAAUUGACACUCGCUAUUAUUUGGCAGCUGAUGAGAGCUUACACUCUCGCCAUGUUACAGAAACUGUCCGGAUCAGACAAACCCAUUGAAGAGGACGCCAUCUUACUCUGGACCAACACUACUUUAGAGGAAGCAGGAAAGACCCACACUAUAAGCGGCUUCAAAGACCAGAGCAUCAGUACCAGCUUGCCAGUCAUUGAUCUUCUUGACGCCCUCAGACCAGGAAAAGUCAAUUACGAAAUUGUAUUAACUGCCCCAUCCACUGAUGAGAUAAUAUAA